UAUGCCGACGGGAUUUUGUGUUUUCUCGGAAGUCGCUGAGAAAAGUGAAUGCUAGAACUUGUGGGCGUUUUCACCGGUCCGAAGUGUGAAAUUUAUCUCGCCCAGUGCAUCCGCUGGGCGGAGGAAUCUUUAGCACUGGGGGCUGACCGCGUGACGCAGCUGGUUGCUAGGUGUGGGUGACCUGAUGCAUUGACUCAAUUAGCCGAUUCUCAGUCAUCAACUCCAUCACAACAAAGCAAGACCAACAGCACUUCAGUCCGAGACACUCCGAAGGAGACAUGGCUUUUUAAUUUAGUACAGUCUUCGAUCCUAAAGAAACACCGUGCUUUGCUCUUGCAACGCACCCCAAGCUCAACACAUUUAAGCAAGAAUGGAGUUUCAUAAUGCGCACCAAGCCCUGUUUUCUGUGGCUCAACUCUCAAACUUCACUGUCGUGCACUCUAAGCUCAGGCAUUUGAAUCGUAGGACCAACGGACAGGAUGAUGACAAUGUCAGCACCCAUUUGGAAGACUCUACUCGUCUGCCCGGCAGACCCCCUCACUCUCUCUCACCCACAGGCUAACCACAGCCAAUCGGAGGGGCGCAGAGGGGAGGGGCCAGAGGAGAACCAGCACUUAAUUGGUGAUGGUCUUAGUGACUGGAUGACGGAAGAAGUAGAUUUCUCCUCUUACCUCCCAACCCCUCACUCCUCUCCCUCCCCAAAUGCAUCCCUUCCCCCCUCGCCCCUACAGAAUGACAUCCAGGUGCCCUCAGAUUUGGAGGUCAUGACCUCUCUGCUGCAAGAGGAGCUUGCUCAGCUGGAGGAUUACUUCCUGUCUGACCCACUCCCAGAAAAAGCCUCCAAACUGGGCAAAUGCGACAAGGGUCCAACUGCAGUUGGUCCAUCGUCGUAUUACCAGUUGCCCUACGCAUCAUAUUCUACUUCCAACCAAUCCGAAUCCAGCCCUCUACUUGUUACCCUGGCAACUGGGGAACUUGACUUGCUGAGCUUCUGUGGGGGUCCCAUUGGCCGUACCAAGAUUCCAAGACAUGCCCCCUACAGCUGCAGCCGCCCCAACAGCAACGUCUGCAGCCGCAAGAGAGUUUCCGAUGGGGUGAGGGUGGGUGACAGCUACGAGAGUAGCAUCUGGAGUUCCAAAGGAAAUUCCUCAGGUAACUCAGCUGUUGCGCCUGGUGGGAGCUACAGCUGUGCUGAAGAUGAACGGGUGGUAGGCAAAGGCUACUGCCUAGGCAGUACAGUAGAGAUCAGAAGGUGUGCCAUUUUACCCAAAGAGGAGAAGAAUUGCCGCUACACAGAAGAGGCCGUCGGCGCGAACAAGGCUGGUGGCGGCUACAAUUUUAGUGGACCAAUUCAAAUUCCCCAUAAGAAAGAUGAAAUGAUGUAUGGCAUCAGAGAAGUCAAUUUAAGUGGCAUAGGAGGAAGCACAGAGAUGGAGAUGAUGAGUGAACCGAAGAAUGGUGCUUCUGACAUGAAGGCCAACAUAUCCUGGAAGACAGAACCCAGCGAAAGCUGUUUUCUCCAAAAUGCGUCUCAAGAAGAGGCCUAUCACAGUUUCCUUGGGGCCAUCAAUGAGCCAGUAAAGGAGGAAAGCUUAGAGAUUCACCGGCAACAUAACUUCCACUGCGGCUUUCUCGAAGGCCAAGGCCCCGACUGCCUGAGCGGUGACCGCCACAGACCUGAAAUGGGGUCCCCGUGUGCCAGAGGAGCCUGCGUGCUGAAAGAAGACCCCUGCAUUGUGAAAUCAGACCUAGAGGUGCCUCUAAUCGAAGGGCACCAUGGUGAACGCAAACAGAAGAAGAGGGAUCAGAACAAGACUGCAGCUCACAGAUAUCGUCAACGGAAACGAGCAGAGUUGGACUCAUUGGAGGAACAGCUUCAUGGUCUGGAGGGCAGAAAUCGUGAGCUCCGGGACAAGGCAGAAUCGGUGGAACGGGAGAUCCAGUACGUGAAAGACCUCCUGAUCGAGGUGUACAAGGCCCGUAGCCAACGCCUCAAGCAGGAAACCAGCGCCUGACCAAAAGCUCGACCACCUGGCGAUGGUCCUGCAAGUAGAAUUGAUAGCAGUCUGAAAGGCAAAGGAGAUUGGAAUGUUUUCUGACUGAAUGUGUUUUUUUAGGAUAUGGUGGAGGUUGUACUAUUGCACGUUACUCAGUCAUUUAAUUUUCGUUACAAACUGACAAAGUCCAUCAACAGCUGCAGCACAGACUUCCACUUUUCUCAGAAAUAACUCCAAAUCAGUCGAUAUGCACUGUGAUUAUUAUGUCUUUGACUGUAAUGACAGCCGUUUUUCCUUUUCUCUUGUUUUUCCAAGAGUGGCGAGACGGCUCAUCCUCUU